AUGUACCCCUACCAGUGCACCCAGACAGACAUACGCGCUCUGUUCCUCGAGUCGCCAGACGACCCCGGGUUUUUAUUCGACACGUGCCCGGAAUCAUGCGAGUUCCUGUUCGGCACCGAGUCUCCACGGCUCUUUGAAAUCCAUCAAGGCGCCUUUAUUCAGGCGAUCCUGACAGUCCUCUUCUCCGCACCAUACCUCCUCGCGUUCUACCUCUCCUCCGUAUCCGGCCGGCGCAAGUUGCGAAGACUCUUCAACGGGUUCUUCGCGCUCCAGCUACUUCUCAGCGUGCCUGUCCUGCUCAUCUCCAUGGCCAUGUUCUUCGACGUCAAGCCACGCUCGGGAGAUGAUGAGCAGCAGGUCGCCGCCGAGGCUGCUGGCACCGCCUUGGUGCUCCACAACGGCGGCGUCCUCCCGUCCAUCCCGGACAUGCUGGUCGCCGACGCCUUGGUGCAGCUCGAGAUUUUCGGUGCCGCCGUGCUCUGGUGCACGCUCUGGUUGCGGUCCUUGCUCGACGGCAACGCCGACGAGAACCCUGACGCAGGACAGAAAGGUAGUAGUGGUAUGAGCGGCAGCAGCGACGACGAGAUCGGCAACAGCGGCAGCAACGGCAACAGUAGCAGCAACAAGAGGAUGGUGCGGCCCUUCCGCCUAUCUCCCCUUCGCAGCAACAAUCGCCAGCGCAGACAACGCGGGCACGACGACCAGCACAGGGGCUACCUCCUGGUCCCGAUCGCUCUCACCAUCUCCCUGAUGGUUACCAUCGUCUUUGGGCCAUGGUACCUCGUCCAGCGCCUGUACUCCAUCGCGGCCCCAAAUGUCGCCCUCGCGCGGGAGCUGUGCGGGCCCCAGCACGCUCCUCUGGCAGUCGACCCGUCCAAGAUCGACGCCGUGCCCCGCGGCGUGCACGUGCUGCUCCUCGCGCUCCUCCUGCUCGCCGUGGCAGCCGUGCGCGUGUUCGACCGCAACAGGAGCCGGAGCCGUCGGCGCAAGUUGGUCUUCGCCGGGCUCGUGGUGGCGUGCGCCUAUGCCCACGGGUUCGUGCUCGGCUCGGUGGCCGCGCUGGCCGGGAUCCGCGCCGCGCUGGUAGCGCUGCUCGGGGACGGCGCGGGCGUGGGCAACGUGACGUCUGCUGCGCGCGUGCUGGCGGUCGUGGUGUGGGUGCCCGUCGUGGUGUCGUUGAUGCGGUGGUUUUGGAGAGCGGUGCUUCUGGCGUCUGGGCUGUGCCCGUCGUUCGUCACCAAGUGCCUCCCGCCUCCACGGCACCCUCCCUCGCCUCUGUGGCGCUUUAACCCAAGGCCGAAGUCACUCGCAGAUCGGUUCCGCCUUCGCGACCCGGACGACGACGAUAACAUCUUCGGCGGUCAUCUUGCGGCGUACGAUCCGAAUCCCAGCCAGGAGCAUAUGCAUUGUGGUCCUACCAGUCAUGGGAGGAGUGCGAGCAGGGCUUCGCAACUGCCCCGCAGCCCGCCCAAGGUUGCUGGCAGGAUUAGCGAACGCGGCAGAAGCAUCGCCGGUGAUGCCAUGGGGCGCGGCGGCGCAGGGCCGGCACCGCAGCAGGUGCAGACCGUUGGAGUCUCGGCAAGAGGUCUACCCAUGCAGGUGCCGACGACCUGGGUUUGA